AUGCAACCCAUCUUUGGUAUCGUCGCGAGCUUCUUGAUAUGGUCAACCACCGCACUUACCGAAAGCAAGAUCUAUCCACGUCAAAGCAACGGCACAGAGUACAAAGUUGGAUAUACUCCACUGAAGACAGACUGGACAGAUACGGUAGGAACUAACCCAUGGCCUGAAUAUCCGCGACCACGCCUUCAACGGUCAGAAUGGAAAAACCUCAAUGGCGUUUGGGGUUACAUGAACACUACGAAUGGCUCAGACACGUCACCUCCAUUCGGACAGAGACUUGAGAACCCUGUUCUAGUCCCAUUCUGUCUUGAGAGUGCCCUUUCCGGUGUGACGGGUAAGGGUCGCAUGUGGAGUUGGUACCAGACCUCAUUUGAAGUGCCACAAUCAUGGCCUAGCAGUAACAGUGUUAUUUUGAACUUUGGCGCUGUUGAUUAUGAGGCCACUAUUUUUGUGAACAGCCAGAAGGCUGGCUUCCACAGGGGUGGAUACUUCGAAUUCAGUGUAGAUGUGACGCAAUAUCUGAACGCAAAUGGAACAAACGAGCUGCUAGUGUACACCUUUGAUCCGACAGAUGUGGAUGACGUUCAAAUACCGAUCGGAAAGCAAACAUUGAACCGAGGUGGAAUGAUCUGGUAUACUCCAUGCAGUGGCAUCUGGCAAACUGUGUGGCUUGAGUCAGCUCCAAAUGAGCAUAUCUCCAAACUCGACCUGACGGCGGACAUGUACGGGAACGUAAACGUAUUUGUGCACAGCAGCACCAACUCAACUAGCACUCCAUAUGAGAUCACAGUUCACGAGCUGAACUCUGUCGACGCCAAGGCGACAGCUACGAGUAUUAGCGGAUCAGAGUUUACCUUCACUGUUAGCUCACCAGAACUAUGGACUCCAAACAGCCCAGUUUUGUAUAACAUCACGGUCAAGAUGGGCAGUGAUACCGUUCAGAGCUACACCGGAUUUAGGACUGUUUCCCGAGGUCCCGUCAACGGCAUACAGCGCCCGCUCCUGAACGGUAAAUUUAUCUUUCCUUUCGGUACGCUCGAUCAAGGGUACUGGCCGGACGGAAUAUACACGCCACCAAGUGUAGAAGCCAUGGUGUACGAUCUCAAGGUACUGAAGAACGUUGGCUACAACAUGGUGCGUAAACAUAUCAAGGUAGAACCGGCACUGUUCUACAGAGCUUGCGACGAGAUGGGUAUGUUGGUCAUUCAGGACAUGCCUUCCCUACGACCAGACUUACCGGAUGGUGGUUGUGGUAGCAAGCGCUUAGCAGGCCAAGCUGCGCAAGACGAGUUUGAUCGGGAGCUAGGUUUGAUGGUCGAGCAAUUAAAGUCGUAUCCUAGUAUUUUUGCUUGGACGAUCUACAACGAAGAAUGGGGUCAAGAUACUCAGGGGCCUCCGUGGCCCGAGUUCGGACUAACGGAUAUGGUCCGAAAGAUUGAUUCCACCCGUCUAGUCAACGCUGUAAGCGGCUGGACCGACCAUCGAGCAGGUGACUUCGACGAUAACCACCACUACUCCACACCCCAAUGCGGGACGCCAUUCUGGUCCAAUCAAGGCAGCGGAUAUGAUUCCGCCUAUGAUAGCUCACGGAUUGGCCUUCAAGGCGAGUUCGGUGGUAUUGGUACGCAACUUCCCGAAAAUAACUUUACCCACGCCUGGUUCAAAGAUUUGGGGAAGCAAACUGCAUACGAGCUUACUAAUGGAACGGAAUGGUGGAACUAUCGUUGUCACGACUUGCUCGUGCAAUUGCGCGAGCAGAUCGAUCUAUUCGCUUGUUCAGGGGGUGUAUGGACACAGACUACAGACGUGGAAGGGGAAGUCAACGGAAUGAUGACUUAUGACAGGAAGAUCAUUCGAAUGAAUGAGACAAUGUGGAAGCAGGAUAUAUUAGCCCUUUAUGACGCUGCAGAAAAAAGGGCCAAUAACGCUACGAUGGUCAUCAGACAUGCAGAAAUGGAGGGGCUGCAGUACGACAUGUCCUGA